CCGUGCCGUCGGAGCGGCUGAGAGAACGCACUGCUCCCGCGCGCAUGACGGCAACGCUCCUGAGUCGGCCUUCUCUGCACACCAGAGGCACGCUUAAACUGCGACGGUGCCUCACUCUGAAUGCUCCGAGGCACUGAGUGCGGCUUCAGGAGAUCAGCCAGCAGACAAACUCCAACUGCUGCCGCCUCCAUCUUUCCUUCUCAGCCCACUCGCUCCACAACUCCACAGCGGCCUCGCACUCCUCGCUCUGCCCUCGCCAACAUGAAGCUCUUCCGCCGUGCCGCCGCACUGACGGCGCUGCUGCUGGCCGUGCCGGGCUCCACGUCUGCGCUGCAGCUCUCGGAGCGCGACUGCGUGCACAACGAGAUCGGCACGUUCGACAAGCCCGUGCCCAUCCGGCUGCCGGACGGCUUUGACCACUUCAACAACCACGAGCAGGCGAUGAACAACCAGAACAAGCCCAUCCAGCCGCCGCAGCCGCAAGAGCUUCCGCUCUGCGGCGCACCACAGUCGCAACCGGCGAAGCAGCCGGCAAAGCAGCCCGCGACUAAAAAGUCUUCUAAAUCGAAGGGAUCGAAGAAAUCCAAGGGAUCGAAGGGCAAGGGAUCGAGGGGAUCGAAGAGUAAGGCCAAGGGAUCGAGGAGUAAGGCCAAGGGCAAGGCGCACCGCAAGAAGUCGAGGCGCUCGGCGCCAAGCCGCCUUGACGACGAGGAGGGCGACGACGAGACUCUGGACUAGGCAUCGUCUUGCUCUCAUCGUACACGUCACCCAUGCUCUGCCCGUCGUCACCCAGUCUCUCGUCACCACACUCGCGUGCGCAGGCGCUCCGAGUCCCACACCCUCUCGCUUUCUCUCCCUGUAUCACAUACCCC